AUGAGCGAUUCAAUCCACGUUCCUACAGUCUCACCAAACUCUAUGGACCUCGUUGCUGAACCAGACACCUUGGCUCCCUCUGAUGAUGUUGUGCAACUGUCUCCGAGACCGCCAACCACCGAGUAUACAGAUAUUUCUGCAGCAGAGUCUACCACGCUGGUAGAUCCAGUGACACCAUCAACUCUAUUACUAAACGCUUUAAACUGGGGAUUCGAAGACUUUCCGAGCCCUCAGAUUUCGCUACCGCUGUCAGCUGAAAUGGUCAAUGCCCCAUGUUCAUUCAAUGAUAAGAAUCUCCUUGACAAUUUUAUCGGUUUUGAAAAGGCGACUCCUCUUCUUUCCUCGAUAGUCCUACCGCCUUCCUUGGAGACGGAUGUACUCCAAGAAUCAGAAGCGUCCUGCUCUGUGCCAGAACCAAAGGAGAGCCAUUCCUCGGUUGUCGACACGCCGAAUCCUGGUCAGACAUGCUGUUUUCUUGUGCGUGCUCUUAGCCUUCUCAAACAACAGUCCUCAUCGGCUCCCAAUUCUUGCGGUGGAUGUAUGAGACCCAGUCUUGAAAAUUUCUCUAGAUCGGACAACUCAUCGCUAUCGAAAAUUGAAUCAAUAAUAGCCGACAAUGAGCAAACUAUCCAGGUCAUUAGUGAUAUCCUAACAUGCCAAUGCUCGCAGGACAUUUACCUUCUGGUCAUUAUGUCUAUUGUUAUUUUGAAGAUCUUGAACUAUUAUACCGCCGUAGUGCGGCAGGAAACUUCUUUUAAUGGGGACGACCGGUCCUGGGUGGCUAAUCAGCCUGGGAAUAGCACCCAAUAUCAAUCCGAGAUGUUUCAAACCCCUCCCAAUGUUUUUGGUGCCAAUGGCUCUGAAUAUGUGGAAGAUCAAGGUCGCAUGGCAUCGCAGCAGAUUCUUAGCAAACUCCAUCGAAUACAGCGUUUGAUAAACAUCUUAUCAGAAAGAUUCAAAACACACAAGGAAAAUGUCAAGAGAAAACAGGAGGAGUCCAGGGCAUCAACGACCGUCACCGGGCCUAAUAUGUUCAUGUUUCUAUUCCCUAGCUCUACGCUAGAGCAUAUUGAGGCCGACUUGCGUCUACACCUGCGCGCUUUAUCAGCAGAUGCUGCAAAUAUUCUUUGUCAAGCAUGGUAUGUCCUGCCAAUAGUUCCUCAUGUUCACCAUUUACAGACAUACCCAGCACGUUCCACGAUGUCCGUUAUGCAUGUCGUUCCUCUCGAAAAGCGUGCGCAAAUUCAGGGUAUUGUGGGCGCCAUGUUUGGCUUCGCCACCUCUAUAGGUCCUUUGAUCUGCAGUGCUUUAACAUCAAAUAUGAAGAAGAUUAUGCAGUUAGACAUUUUUAGUACUUUGCCGCUCAUACCCGGUAUAGUCUAUCUCAUGCUAGCACUUCAGAAGGGUGGGCAGACUUAUGCUGUGAGUUAUUACAUAGUCACUUUGCCUGAAAUAUCUGAUUGUUUUAGGGCCGGUAACAAUCAGGGUUCGGGUUAG